AUGGCCGAGCCCGAGCCCCCCGCGGCGGCCCGGCGCUGGCGAGACGCCGCCCUGCGCGCACGGAAGCUGCGGAGCAACCUGCGGCAGCUGAGCCUGGGCCCCCGCGAGGAGCCGGAGCCCGCCGGGCCGCCCGCGCUUCGCCGCCCGCCGCUGCCCGCUGGGCCGGGCGAGCCGGCGGCGCUGAGCCUGAGCGGGCGCGGCCUGGAGGAGCUGCCCGAGGGGCUGGGCGCCGCGCUGGGCGGCCUGCGCGUCCUCAGCCUGCGCAGGAACCGCCUGGCCCGGCUUCCCGCCGCGCUGCGCCACCUGGGCCGCCUGGCCGAGCUCGACCUCAGCCACAACCGGCUGGGCGGCCUGGGGGACGGCGAGGCGCUGGCGCCGCUGCGGGAGCUGCGCAAGCUGAGCCUGAGCCACAACCAGCUGGGCGCGGAGGGCGCGGCGCUGCCCGGGCGGCUGGGCGCGCUGCGGCAGCUGGAGGAGCUGGACCUGAGCUUCAACCGCCUGCGCCGCCUGCCCGAGGCGCUGGGCCGCCUGCAGCGGCUGCGCUCGCUGGACGUGGACCACAACGAGCUGCCCGCCUUCCCGGCGCCGCUGCUGGAGCUGGGCGCGCUGGAGGAGCUGGACUGCUCUGGCAACCGGCAGCUGCGCGUCCUGCCCGAGGGCAUUGCUGCCUUGCGCUGCCUUAAGAUCCUGUGGCUGAGUGGCACGGGGCUGGGCAGCCUGCCCGAGGGGCUGUGCCAGCUGGGCGCCCUGGAAAGCCUCAUGCUGGAUGGGAACCAACUGCGGGUGCUGCCCCCCGGCUUCGGCCGCCUUCAGCGCCUCAAGAUGCUGAACCUCUCCUCCAACCUGCUGGGCGAGUUCCCCGAGGCUGUGCUUGCCCUGCCCAGCCUGGAGGAGCUCUACCUGAGCCGCAACCAGCUCACCCUGCUGCCUGCCCGGCUCUGCCAGCUGCACCAGCUCCGUACCCUCUGGCUGGACAACAACCGCAUCCGCUACCUGCCCGACUCUGUCGUUCAGCUCCACAGCCUGGAGGAACUCGUGCUGCAGGGCAACCAGAUCGCCAUCCUGCCCGAGGGCUUUGGGCAGCUCUCCCGGGUCACACUCUGGAAGAUCAAGGACAACCCGCUCAUCCAGCCCCCUUACGAGGUUUGCAUGAAGGGCAUCCCCUACAUUGCCGCUUACCAGCAGGAGUUGGCGCACUCCCAGCCUGCUCUCAGGCCCCGGCUCAAGCUGGUCCUCAUGGGCCUGAAGGAUGCUGGCAAGACCUUGCUGAGAAGGUGCCUGAUGGAGGAGGAGAGGCAGAGAGACUCUUCCCUGGCUGCAGCUGGCAAAGAUGCUGGGAGAACCCAGCAGCAACAAGACAUCACCCUGGUCCCAACUCCCGAAGAUAUUGGGAAAAUACAGCUAGGACAUAGCCCCAUUACUGAGCCCCGAGAUGCUUUGUCUUCAAAAGGCUCCUCUCUAGGAUAUGCCUCCAUUGAGCAGCAGGACUCGCUGCUGUCUCCGUCCCUUAAAGUUGCUGGGAAAAUCAAGUUAGAGCACCAGGAUGUCUGCCUGUUUCCAUCCCCAAAAGUUAAUGGGGAAGCCCAGAUAGGACACUUCUCCAUGCUGCUGGAGCGAGACGCCCCCUUGACACCAUUGGUAGCAGGACUUCCAGGCACCAGCCAGGGCAUCGAGGUGACAGACUGGACAGCAGAUGUAGAGAGGGGUCUGACCUUCAUCGUAUAUGAGCUAGCAGGUGACCCUAGCUAUGAUGUGAUCCAAUCCUUCUUCCUUUCGCCGGGAGCCCUGUAUGUGCUGGUGGUGAACCUGAGUGCCUACACGCCACGUUGCUUCUACUCUGCAGUGGGCUACUUCCUGCACUGGCUAGGUGCCAAAGUGCCCCAUGCUGUAGUGUGCAUGGUGGGCACCCAUGCUGACCUGUGUGCUGAGCGGGAAUUGGAGGAAAAGUGCCUGGACAUCCACCACCAAAUUGCCCUGCAGGAGAAGCGGGAUGCAGAGGGACUCCAGAGUUUGGCCCAGCAGGUGGACGAUGCCCUGGGACAGGACUUUGACCUGCGUUGCUCCAGCCCCCACGCUGUCUUCUAUGGGGUUUCAGACAAGAACCUGCGGCGCAAGAAGGCCCAGUUCCAGUAUCUGCUCAACCACCGGCCGCAGAUCCUCUCGCCGGUGCUCGCCAUCAGCUGCCAGGACCACUACCAGGUGCGCCGCCUGCGGGACAAGCUUCUGUCAGUAGCUGAGCACCGGGACAUCUUCCCAAACCUGCAUCGGGUGCUACCCAAGUCCUGGCAGGUGCUGGAAGAGCUGCACUUCCAGCCGCAGGCUCAGCAACUGUGGCUCAGCUGGUGGGAUUCGGCACGGCUGGGCUUGCAGGCGGGCCUGACCGAGGACCGACUCCAGAGCGCCCUGUCCUAUCUGCAUGAAAGUGGCAAGCUGCUGUACUUUGAGGAGCAUUUGACUCUGCGGGAGUAUGUAUUCCACAAUCUGCCCAGGCUCAUUGACAUCCUCAAUGUCUUCUGCCAGCAGGACACCACGGUGCUGCUCCAGAAACUGCUCAGUGACACCCAUGUAGAUGAACUGAGAACCACCCAGCUCCACCACUACGUGGAAGGAUUCCUGCUGCAUGGGCUCCUUCCUGCCCACGUUAUCCGCCUGCUUCUUAAGCCCCAUAUUCAGAGCCGGGAGGACCUGCAGCUUAUCCUGGAGCUGCUGGAGAAAAUGGGGCUCUGCUACUGCAUCAAUAAGCCCAAAUGCAAGCCCCUCAAUGGGGCCACUGCCUGGUACAAGUUCCCCUGCUAUGUGAAGAAUGAAGUGCCCCAUGCAGAGGCGUGGAUUAAUGGUACAAACCUGAGUGGACAGUCUCUUGUCAUUGAACAGUUGCAGAUUGAAUACACCUUCCCCUUCAUUUUCCCUCCUGGGUUAUUUGCACGCUACAGUGUCCAGAUUAACAGUCAUGUGGUUCAGCGGUCUGAUGGCAAAUACCAGAUUUAUGCCUACAGGGGGAAAGUACCUGUGGUGGUGAGUUACAGGCCUGCUCGGAGCACUCUGCAACCAGAUACUCUGUCUAUUGCUAGUCACGCAUCUCUACCAAAUAUAUGGACAGCCUGGCAAGCUAUUACUCCCUUAGUGGAAGAACUGAAUGUACUGCUUCAAGAGUGGCCAGGUCUGUACUACACUGUGCACAUCCUCUGCUCCAAGUGCCUUAAAAGGGGAUCGCUGAACCCAUACGCUUUUCCAGGAGAAUUGCUGAGUCAGCCUAGACCAGAGGGAGUGAUGGAAAUAAUCUGCCCCAGAAAUGGCAGCGAGAGAGUCAAUGUCGCAUUGAUUUAUCCUCCAACCCCGACAGUCAUCAGCCCUUGUUCCAAGUGAGCUCUGAGAGACGCACGGACCCCCAAUUUCAGUACAUGCCAAAAACCCUACAGAAGACAAGCCCUUGCUAAGCAUUUUUGAAAACUAGCCGCCACAGAGCCCAAGGACUGUUCUAAUUAUUAGUGGGAUGUGGACAUCCCCUUCUCAGAAUAAAGAUGAAUGGUAAUGCUAGUGCUAAAGGUUUUACAUCGGGCAGCGUGUGAAACUGCGGUGUGGCUGAAGGAUCUGUAGUGCUACUGUCUCUUGGGUUUGGAGUCCUGCCUUUACAACGAGACCAGACUUUGGAACUCUGAACUAUUUGAAGUGGGAACACGGCUAAGUGUGUCUCUCCUGAGAUACCCUUGAGAACUUAAGUGUACAGUGCAAUCUGAAGGUCACUGAUGAGCAGAUGUGACGUGAAACAAUAGUCUUGCAGCAAUCAGAUGGCAGCAUUAUUGGCUGGAGAUAAAACACUGGGACUGAAAUUCUAUGGACCCUGCUGUGCACCCAUUUGGACCUGUUGAUGAAUGUAAAAAUUUUCUCAGUACUUUUUCAUUCAGAUGUAACUGAAGAAAAGUCAGUUGAGACUUGCUGUGGUGGAGCUUCCUAGAGCUGUUUCCUUACAGAGGAAGAAACUAGUGAUUUGUUGCUGUGAUGUUAAGUGAGGAAAAGAAAAGUCCAGACUGGAAUCUUUCCCAGAUGGAGGACCGUUUCCUGAUAACUCAGCGUGAUCUAUGGACACACUUAACAAGAAGAGUUCAGACGUUUUCAAGGAAUAAAUGCUGUGGCUUGGUAAAGCACAACUGAGUAAACGUUUUACACCUGAACCUCAGAAUCAUGAUCAUCCUCCAAGGAAGAGCUGCUUGACAAACGAACAGUAUGAACAGCUUCUCAGGGAUUCUGUUUGCUGUACACAAAUAGCCAUAAUGUCAGGAUUGAUGGCAAUAUUUAGAGCACUCCAGUUUGGUUCUAUUUCAUGUAGACGCGGGAUCACUCAUCUGAAGUUCACUGCUGUUCAGUAACUCGUGUAGAACAAUGUGGUUUAUCUUUAUUUUUGUAAUGUGCAAAACCAUUUAAUUUUCUACAGUUUAAAGCUUCUAGCAUUAGUGACCCCUGAGUGCAAUAUUCUGCUUGGGAGCCCUGCCAAAUAACCCUUGGGUUCUUGGUUUGUUGUCGAUAUGUUCAAGUAUCUAUCACUGUUCUUUUGUCCCUCACACCACAGUGUUAGCUCACCAGGUACGCUCCAAGCUAUCACUGUUGAGCAGCUCACAGGAGUGGCUGCUUCUGGGGAUGUUCUCCCCUCUCCACAGUAAGGAUAUGCUGCCUGAUGUUCAUUGUCCCUGUCUCUCUCCGCUGUCAAGAAACCCAAAAGAACCCCCCAGCCAGAGGCAGAACAAGGUGGUGGCAGCCAGAAGGUGCUAGUUUGGGAAUACCCUCACUUCCAAGUGCCAUGCUUCUGCCACAGCACAAUGGCAAGGAGCAGGGGGCUAGGCAUUCAAUGAAAAUAAUCUGUGGUUAGUCACAGGCCAAGCACCAGUGAGACUGUUGUCGCUGAGCUCGCGAAAGGUGGGCAGGGAAACCUUUUCAGCCUGCGUGCCCACCCCUCACUGUCAUACUGUGCUUGGGAGUUAAUGAACUGUCGCAGUCAAGCAGGGUUUUUAAACCACUUGGGUGUCGUGUACUAUGGGCCCUGGGCAGGAGGGCAGGGCACUCUGCUGUUUGAGAAUGUUAUAUGAGAGUGGAGCACACUGACUGUAUCAGAGAAGAAUUUAUUUCAAUUAGUGGGGAAUUCAACCCCUUUUAAGUAGGAGGAUAAAUCCCCAGCAGCCAACAUUCUCAACUAGAAAGCACAAUUUUGUGCUCACUAACCUGUUUCCAGUCUCCAGGUUGCUGGCUGAUUUGUGUUCUACAGAAAUAGCACAGUUCAGAAGGGCAAACCAAUUAAUCAUUUACCCUUGGGGCAAAACAAUGGGAGGCAGACAGCACCAUUAUUCCUUGGGGUGUGACCAGUAGCAUCUUAUAUUGCAUGUAAAAGCAGAAUCCCAGCACUGAAGAGGUGGUUCCAGUUAAAUGAAGCUCAAAUGCAGCAGUCACUGCUUGCUUACUUUGUGUGUUGACAGAAAAUGUGCAUAACUAUGUGUACGUAAUCAGUGAGAGCAUGGAAAGGUGGGAACACUGUCAGUGGAUAUUACUUUAUAUGUCUUGUGUAGUGAGAAAUCUGGAGUAUUCUUGCAGAACUGGAUUGUUGUUGAGCCACGUACAUACUUGUUGUAUCUGCAUUGACAUCUUUGGAGUUCUCACAAGAGAGGAGUUUGGCUCUAUAGCUCCAGUUUCUGCUGACUGCUUAGCCUAAGGCCAGAGUUGGGCUGCCUAGUCCCUUUUCAAUGUGCAUUGUUCUCUCCAGUUUCGGCCUUUGCUAAACGCUUUAGAACUCAGUUUUAAAUCUGAAUACAGCUGAACUCUUAAGAAUUAAUUGGAGUUAACCAGGAUUGUCUGUACUGCAGUCUCUGAAGGCAGCUCGGGGUUUGUGCAACAGAAGUCAGAACUGAAGGAGAUGGUUUCCCUUGGGCAGUCUCCCGGUAAGGUUUUUUGGUAACUGUAACCCUUGAAAGUAAAGGCAGGUGUGUGUGUGUUCAGCUUCUCUGGGGACAGUGAGCAUGCUUGGUCCCUGCUAUAGUGCUUCUGGUCAAUGGGGGUCAUACCAGGGUGAAUUAUUUUUUUUGCUGUUACCUAAAGCUGCCAAAGUGGCAAAGCCUGUUCCCAAUUGUGACAGGCGCUGUGCUGGCAGGGUGCAGGAAAUAUGUGAGAAUGGCUGAAGAAACAAACAGUUGGAAAUGCUUCUUCACUGGGCAGGAACUUUAACCUUCUGUGCAGGAAGCUCCUUUCUGUCUCAUCACCUGGGAGUUUUGCAGCCAGACUCCCAGGGAGCUCAGCUAUUGAGACCCCCGGCUGGAUCCUGUUGGGACAGCAUCAUUGGAAGAACUGUGUCAGGCUCUUUAGGAAAAGGCCAAAGUUCUACUCCAGUAAGCACAAGAGCAACUAUUCUGCCCAGGCAAGCCCCCCUCUUCCCCCCAACCAGAAACUGCCCCUUGAAGCUAUUCUGUCUUCUACUUAUGCCUCUUGUGGUAGAAAAGCCAUUUCCCAGGUUUGUGUCAAGGCACAGCCCAAGUGUUUUUCCUUCCUAAAAGGUUCACUUGCUUGUGUUGGACCUGUCCUUGUGAUUUGCACUCUUGCAAGAACAGCAAGUGGUGUUGGUGCAGCUACAGUUAUCCAUUAAUCUCCAUAACUGGGUAGAAAUUUACAAAUUAUCCUUGCCAAAAAGAUUGAAAAUAAAUCUGAUCUUAACUUGAAACAAGGCAUCUCUUCCCAUUCAUUUAACUCAGCUCAAAAUAUCCGCCACUUUUUUUCCCCAAAAUUGAUUUCUGGCUUUGAAGACCCAGGGCCUAGUUAUAGUUUUGAACUAUGAACAUAGAAAACUGAUGCACACCCUGCAGAAUUGGGAUUUGGUGGUGGAGCUGAGUACUAAUUACUGUGGUAAAAUACAAAUUCAGACAGAUCAUAUAACUGUGAACACUUGUUCUGUAACACCACGUGUGCCCCUCUAAAGCCCCCAUAGUCCCUGUUCCCAUAUCUAAAUACUAGAGAACAUAUAAACUCCACCUCUUUUUGUUGCUGUUCCUCCAAAUGGCACUCACUCACAGUAAGCGUAGAGAGAGUGACUACACGUGCAAUGUCUAAAACUUGAGCUCUACUGAAGGAGAGAUCAGAGCCACAAAGGAUGGGAGGGAUAGAUUAAUCAGCGAUGAGGUGCUCAGGCAGAGGCGACUGGUAACUGCUGAUAGUGGGAGGGCACAAUUUAAAGGUUCUGGUGUCAUGCAGCGGAGCUCAGGGCAGGUACUCGAGAUAAAGGAGUUUCAAUUUCUAGAGUUACUUUUGGUGUCAUGAUUUGCAAUACUACGUAAGAGCAGAUGAAGACAUUUCUAAAAGAGCUGCACAUGAAGCAGUUCUGGAUUAUACUGCCAUAUUAUCAGUUUGAAGCAGUUCUCAACCAGGGGUGCAUGUACCCUUGUGGGUAUGCAGGUGUCUUCCGGGGGUACAUCAUCAGCUCAUCUAGAUAUUACUUGACUGAACAAGGAGUAAUGGUCUCAAGUUGCAGUGGGUGAGGCUUAGGUUGGAUAUUAGGAAAAUCUUUUUCAUUAGGAGGGUGGUGAAGCACUGGAAUGGGUUCCCUAGGGAGGUGGUGGAAUCUCCUUCCUUAGAGGUUUUUAAGGUCAGGCUUGACAAAGCCCUGGCUGGGAUGAUUUAGUUGGGGAUUGGUCCUGCUUUGAGCAGGGGGUUGGACUAAAUGACCUCCUGAGGUCCCUUCCAACCCUGAUAUUCUAUGGUUCUAUUUAUUUGCCUAGUUUUAUGGCAGGCUGUGUAAAAAUCACUAGCAAAGUAAUAGAUUCAUAGAUUCUAGGACUGGAAGGGACCUUGAGAGGUCAUCGAGUCCAGGCCCCUGCCCUCAUGGCAGGACCAAAUACUGUCUAGAGUAGACCAUCUCUGAUAGACAGCUGAAAUUUCACACAAUUACUUGUUUAUAAUGCUCUAUGUACCAUAUUAGUGUUUCUCAACCCAGGGGUGGUGGGAUGGGUUUGGGGGUUUCAAGUGCCGGGCUGGCAUUAGGGGGUGGCAAGCAGGGGCCCUGCAAAGCUGAGAGACAUGCUGAAGCCUGAGUCCUGCUGCCCUUGGCUGAAAGGGGUUCAGUAGUCUAGAAGGAUUGAGAGCCGCUGAUUCGAAGAACAGAGAUGUUUGCAGACAAUCCUUUUGAUAUGAUCUUUUAGAGCUCUUGUAAUAAUAUCAGCCCCCAAUAAUUAUCUCAGGAAUCUGUUCUAAUUUAACCGUGUCAAAUUAUUUUCCCUCUCUAUUUGAAUCCAUUCUCUCUUAUGCGUUUUCAAGGAGACCUUAGCUCUCUUGAGCAUCACAAGUACCAGAAAUCUCUUGCUAACCUCUCGGUGGCUGUGAUGUCUCCUCUGGCAGCUGACUCUUCAGGUACCUGUAGUAUCACAGAAUGCUGAAUAUAGGGCAUCAUUAGCAAACCUGGAAAAACAGAUUUCAUGGCAGGAGAAUAGUGGUUUGAAAGAAUUUUUGAAAAGUAAAUGGAGCACAGAAAUCUGUUUUAAUCUCCUUUGCCUAGGCCAAUUAGCAGUGGUGUUCAAGUCACAUAUCUGAGCUUUCCUACAAUUCAAUUUUCUCUCUACAGUUAAUUUCUAACUAGACAUGGACCUAAAAGUCGGACGCAGAAUCUAAAUCACUCAGAACCAUGAGGCAGUUCAGCUCUAGGUCCAGAUUUCAACUUCUCAGCUCAGGUUUUAUUUUUAUGAUGGACCAGUUCAGAACCGCAAAUCCCAACCGUCUUGUGAAGUGGGUUGGGUUUGGAUCUGAAAUUUAAGAACUGGAAAUUGGAUUGAAGCUUCAUAACUGACCCACUUUUCCUAUUAACAUUACAAAGUUUGAGUGUGACUUUCCAGUUCUUACUGUUUAAUAUAUUCCAAUAUGAAGGCCCCAAUCCAGCAAAUUUGAAAGUUUAUGUUCGGCGUGGUCCAUUAAAAUCAAUGGAACUGCUCAAAUGCUUGGACUUCACAUGUAAGUACUCUGCUGGGUUAGUGCCUUCAGAAAAAAAUGAAAUAAAACAUCAAUCAUAGUUUCAGGGGAACUGCACUUGUAUUCCCCUGCCUCCCGAUCACUCCUGCUGCCACCCCUGCUGCCUCUGCACCUGCCCCCCAAUUGCCCUUGGGCCUGCUGCUCCCCCCACCCCACUCAUCUCUCCUCUGGUCCCCUACUGGCUUCUCCCCAUUGGCCUAACCUCCCUUCUGCAGCCUCACAUGCACACCAGGCAGGCUCCGCUGCUGAGCUGUUGUAUCUGCAACUGCUACCAGCCCGGUCUCGCUUCCCUGCUCCCAGCACCGCUUAGCCUGGCUCAACGAGAGCACCCAGUGCUGGUGCCUUUCCCAGGCACAUCCCAUCCUGGCAGAAAUUAGAAGUAGGGGCAGGUGACCCCACACAUGGCCUCUGUGGUAGGACAGCAAUGGCUACGGAAUGAAGGCUCUGGGAUAUGCUCAAAGAGGAAGCUUGUCCUUUCCUUGCUGCCCUGGCUUGUUAAUGCAGGGAUGCCUGUGUUCCCAGCCUGGGCAGCUGUUGCUGUCUGAGACACUAGCCGGCCUUCUAAAUCAGCCUCUGAAGCAGUGCUAACUCCACAUGGCAGGAAGUUGCCAGAGAAGCCCUGGAGAAUUGCUAGAUGUCGCUAGUUAAGCAUUCAAAAGAUGUCAAAAAUGUCAUUAAAAUUUCCACAGAA